AUGCUCGAGAAGGAGCUGCUGCCCGACAUCGGACGGCAGUAUAGCCUUGCCCAGAAGAUGCUGGAUGACGCGGCCAAAGGCUUCGGUUCCUGCAAGGAGCCGUGGAAUGCAACGCAGGUGAGCCAGGUCCGGGACAAGCACCAGUCCUGCCGGAGCGACGAGAGCAACAUCUUUGCGCAAGUGAAAAACACUUGCGACGAAGCACAAGCUCUCACGGAGGUAAAAGUCAAGAAGUGUGCGAAACUGAAAGGUGUCGAUACCUAUCCACAGGAGGCCCCUGCAGUUUGUGACAAGGACUCGAGCGACGUGUCCUACGAGCUGCACGCCAGGCGUAUUCGCAACUUCUACAUGCAGAAAGUUCAUGAAUGGGUCGUGACAGAAGAGGCCUGCACGAAUGCCACUCAGAGGGCAACUGAGAAGGUCAAUGCCUGCCAAAGCGGCAACGAAACCUGGAGAGACAAGCGCUCAUCUUGCAAUGCCGUCCAGAGGACUCUGGACAUGAGCACGUGCGAUGCCUGGACUGAGUACUACCACUGCUCGCAGAACAACUCCUGCCUAGUUGAAGCCACCACAACUUACUUGGAUGCCAACACCACAGCCACGUCCAUGCAUCGAUCCAUGCUGCUGCAGUGGAGGGCCAUGAAACGCAUCGGGUGCUUGCUGGAUGCCUUGGAGCACAACAAGAACGCAGACGAUCUUAGUGAUGCCAUCACAGAGUGCAGGAACAAGGUGCACAGUGUGACUUCGUGGGCGCUUUCAUAUCCGUACUACAAGGACUGGAAGCCUCAGCUACCCUCUGUGGGCAAAGUCUGUGAGGAGCCCAACUUCGAAAGGCCAGGGAAGCAGUCGUACAAGCAGGCCGAGUAUGAAACCUUGCCAACGACAGCGCCAGCGGACACGUGCACUGCAGACUGCUGUACCAGGUGCUGGUACUUCACCUGCAACAGCACCACUGUCCCCAAGCCGAACCAGCAGCAACUCACAGGAUUCUCGCAGGAGGAGUGCUGCGCCGAGCCGACCAAUCCUGCUUGGAAGUAUGACGCAUGGCCGCAGGCGAGCUGCGACAUGCAAUGUGGCCUUGCGGCAGAGUACGAGACUCGGAAGCUUGAGUGCUGGGACCUCGACAGCAACUUGAAGCUGGACGAGAGCCUUUGCAGGGAAGUGAAGCCAAGCACGGCGCGCACCAAGUGCGAGGAGACGCCCAAGUGCGGCAUCUGCGAGGAGUCGGACUGCAGCCGGGGCUAUGUGCUGAAAAACUUGGUUCCCGCCUCCUGCCAAGGUGCCAUGUGCACCACUGCGGAAUGCUGCGACAAGGUGUGCUCAGCUGAAGACUGCCCCGAGGGUUCCACGGUGCGAUUCCCGGCGCGCAUCUGCGAUGGCAUGACGUGUUCAGAGGCCGUGUGCUGCUCGGCCACAAAGUGGAAGACCGGAGAUUGGUCAAACACGGGCAAGUGCUCCACUGAGUGUGGCGAGGUGGAAAAGAUCAGCAAUCGCACAGUGACUUGCGAGGAUGGUUCCGGCCGCGCCGUGGAGGAGCGCUUCUGUGCCGAAGCCAAGCCGCCCUCCGGCAAGGUCGCCUGUUCUGCGACACAGGCAUGCCCGGAGUGGAUCUACAGCCCCUGGGGCAACGCCACCUACGACUGCCCCGAGGAUUGCGGCCAAGGUCAGCAGACGCAGGAGCGGCCUGUGACUUGCAACGAGCCUGACACGGGAAAGGUCGUGGCCGACGAUCUCUGCAAAGGGCCGAAGCCGGCGACAGCGCGCAUCCUCUGUCCGGCAACCCCGCUGUGUGUGACGACCACAAGCACCAGCACCAGCACAACGACCACUACAACGGAGACUACGACAACCACCACGACUGGCACAACAACCUCCACCACCACCAUCGCCACCUGCGACUUCUUCCUCUGUCCGCGAGGCUACUUGUUGAAGCCCGUCGCGGACCGGCUCGAUCGGUGCGCUGGCGUUUGCGAGGUCGACGAGUGCUGCAACAUGGCUUCGUGGGUCUUCGAGAACUGGGAUGAAACCAAGGAGUGCAGCCCAAGCUGCGGCUUGGCGACAGUCGAGGAAACCAGGUCGGUGACAUGCCAGGUCAAAGCCACCGGAAAGCAGAUGAGUCGGGACACCUGCCAGCAGGCAGAGCCCUCUUCGAAACGCCUUGUCUGCCCGGCCACAGCAGACUGCGACGGCUGCGGCAGCAUCUGGUGCGGCGCCGACUCAGUGCCCUUGCCUGAGGCUCCAAAUUGUGGGAGCUCUUGCACACGAGAACUUUGCUGCAGAAAGUUUGCAACAGGCUUCGCGGCAUUGAAUGUCUCGGAGAAUGCCGCGGCUGCGCAAAACUCAGCGCAGGUGGCCAAUCAGGGCUCCGUGGGCGGCUCGGUGGAGUUCGAUGGCGAACCCGCUAAACCAUCAGAGGGUGGCCGUUCCUAUCAUCUGGGCGGCAAGACGGGGCUUCUUCUCGGAGGCACCAAGUCCUCUGAGUUUACGGCUGUGAUCUACAUCAAGCUCCAGGGGAGCGACAAUGCUCAGGAGGAGACGGUGAUGCUCAAAGAAGGUGGUCCGGAGGACUUCGGUGCAUGGGAGCUAGUGGCGACACCGCUUAAGCAGCUCCGAAUCCGAUCCUUCAAGGACUCGGAAACUCAGGCUGCUAUUGGAUGCCUUUGCUUGUCGUCGUAUGCGGAUGAGUGGGCGGCAGUGACGGUGCGCUACGACGGCAAAGGAAAGAAGAUCGAGCUGAUUGUCAAUGGGAAGGUCUGCUGUGAGGCUGCGGCCGAUGCUGAUCCGUCCUGGUCUGACGCUGCUUUACUCAACGGCAGUGCCCCCGUUCAUCUGGGCCUCGUCCCGGGCUCCAAGCGGCCGGGCGUGGUUGGGGAGGUCUCGACAGUUCAGCUCUGGGACGUCGUACUCGCUGACACAGACCUCAGCCACAUAACGGCGCAGUUCUCACAGGCGGCCGCGUGGUCACCGGCCAAGAACCUCCGCUGCCAAUCAAACAUCAUCUACUCCAACUCAGGAGUUGAGUUUGCCGGCCUGUUCUCCACGAUUGAAGUUAGACGCAAGCAGCUGGGCCGGUCGAUGCCGACAGCAGUAGAAUGCAGUCAGCGCCAGAAGCUGGCGACAGCAGAACACGCAUCAGUCGAGAAGCCAGAUCUGCGAGCUGCGCAGCGAGGAGAUCUGCACCAGGGAGGAGGGAUGUUCGCCCGGGGCCUCAGCCUUCUCUAUGGUUGGGAAGCUUUCAAAGGUUGGAGACAUCAUCGCCCCUGCCACCAAGCUGCCAGACAAGCUGGCGCACUACCCUGUGACCUGCACGGGUACCCCGAAGAAGCCGUGGUGGCAGCAACCGGGUGUCACGCCCAAUGCCACCUCCGCCGCUGCGACCAUCACCAGCACCACCACCAGCACAACCACAGUGGUCCGCGCGUCCUGCAAUUCCUUCAGCUGCCCUGCAGGUGUGGGAGCAGUGGGGCUUACUUGGCAAUGCUGGCAGUGUCUGUGUAUACUUACGUACCUAGUAGUAGAGUAGGUAACCUUCAGCCAUUUUGGGGUAGUAUAAUGCCCUUAUAA